CAAACAAUAGGCUUUCACUAGUUUCUAACCUUCUAAUAUUUCAACUUCCCUAGCCCAUCGUCCAAAUCUCAGACCAAUUGAUUUAUCAUAUCGCACUCGUGCUUUGCAACUGGGUAUCAAAGCACCUUUUAGUCAUGGCGGCUCGAACCUUAGAAGCUCGUUUCGAGCGUAUGUCUGUUAAUGACGAGAAUGAUUAUCAGAAUCAGAAAUCUAAGGUCAUCACUACAACAACACAAUUACCACACAGUUCGAGUCGUCCGAAUCUAUAUAAAGUUGCUUUGCAAGCGCAGAGCGCAAAUGCCGUCACCGCUGCCGUUACCCUCCCUUCACAAGCUGCGCAACGAAAAGGUGCUCAACCCACAUCGCCGACAAGGAAACCACUACCUACCAUAAGUGCAGCAUCUCGAUCGUCAUCCGAUGAGUUGGCACAAGUCGAACGGAAGUCGGUGACCCUGCUCGACCAGCCAUCUCUACCAAAACAAUUCCAUCUUGGUAUGUUUGAGAUUGGAAGACCGCUCGGAAAGGGAAAAUUCGGAAGAGUCUACCUAGCGCGGGAGCGGACGAGUGGUUAUAUCUGUGCCCUCAAAGUUUUGCACAAGAGUGAGCUGCAGCAGGGUAGGGUAGAAAAGCAAGUGCGAAGGGAAAUCGAGAUUCAGAGUAAUCUCCGGCACCCUAAUAUCCUACAGCUGUUUGGCCAUUUCCACGACAGCAAGAGAGUAUUCCUGAUCCUUGAAUUUGCCGGAAAGGGAGAAUUAUACAAGCAUCUAAGGAAGGAAAACCGCUUUCCCGAAUGGAAGGCCUCGCAAUACAUCGCACAGAUGGCGAGCGCCCUGAGAUAUCUACACCGCAAGCACGUCAUUCAUCGGGAUAUCAAGCCUGAGAACAUUCUUAUGGGUAUUCACGGCGAAAUUAAAAUCUCGGAUUUUGGCUGGAGUGUGCACGCCCCGAACAGCCGCCGACAGACCAUGUGCGGUACUCUAGACUACCUUCCACCUGAGAUGUUGAAGCCCGGUAGUUCGGACAACUACUACGACGAGAAGGUUGAUCUCUGGAGUUUGGGUGUCUUGACGUACGAGUUUCUGGUGGGAGAGGCGCCAUUCGAGGAUACACCGGUGAUGACACAGAGGAGAAUUGCGAAGGCAGAUAUGACUAUCCCUUCGUUCGUCAGCCCCGAAGCAAGGGACCUUAUUAAAAGACUGCUGGUUCUCGACCCCGAUAAGAGAAUUCCUCUGGAAGCAGUUCAGACACACCCUUGGAUUAUGAAGCACUGCGGCAAAGGAAAGCAAGCUGCUAAUAGGGAAAGGUCGCACUGACGAAUUAUUUAAUUAUGAAUAAUGGAAUGGACCAUGCUUCACUUGUACAUUUUACUGGAGGACACAGCUGGCGUUCGUUUAGGGAUAUUGGUAUAUCUGGUUAGGGGGGACUUGCAUCAAUGGGGCGUAGGCGUCA